UUUAAGGUGAGCACGUUUAGUUUGGAGCGGACUUAAAAUCCCAGAGCGGGGCUGCUGAGGGGAGGACAGCGGGCACAGCAGCUGCUUCUGCCGGAGGAACACCUGAGAAAGGUGCGCUCAAGCCGGGUGACAAAUUACACACCAAACUGGAGACUUCUUCGGACUUGGCUCUGUUUCAGACUCCCGGUAAGCGGCACCGACGAUUUUCCGCUCGGGCUCUCGGUCUUAACAUCACAAAGUAACUCAAUUUUUAAAAAGUGUCAGCUUUCUGGAUAUUUGUGCCCUUCUUUGUUUUGUUUUUUAAAAUCAGCGGACGCGUGAUGAUUCCCGUCGCAUCGCGCUGCGGUAGGUGAACUACUGGAAACGUGAGGGAGCUGGAGCGAGAGGGGAGGGUGGAAAGCGGGUCUUUGCGGCCAACUCAGACCUUUUCGGCUUGAUUAGAGCUGCAAUUUCACCUUCCACGGCUCAGAAUGCAUUCCCACCUUUUUCUCUCGGCCGUGGACGUUGAAUAAAAGCAGAAGAAGUCGGUGUCAGCUGAGCAAGAACGGUGCGGAUCCGUCGGAUGCCUCUUUUUUGUUGUUUUCCUCCCCUCUCUACACUGUUUCCAUGAUUUGCGCAAGGAAUUUCAUGUUUGAAUUUUUAAUUGGAGAAUGACUAACCUCACAGGGACACUCUGCUGCUCUUUCCCUGCCGUUUGUUGCUCAGACAAGUCUGAUCCUUUUUGGAGAACGCGUGCAGCAUCCCCGUGGUUCCAGCCAGGGCGCGCGUAACCUCUCCACUGAUGUCCAUUGAUUUAUAAUAUUUUUUGUGGGGGGCCAUUUAUCGAGUCUCGCGCAAGGACUCGAGUCCGUUUGUGGAACACUGUUUUUUCCCUCCCUGCUGCCCGGGUUGGAUCAGGAUAGUUGGAACUUUUUGCUCUCUGAUGUGGGGGAAACGCUCCGCGUUGCCUGGAGAAGACGCGGUUUUGCCGUGCCCUAGGUUCGCUGCUCGCAAAGACUCUGAGAAGACUGGCCAGUAACAUUUCUGCUUCUGAAGACCUCCAAUUUACAUCGGACUCACUGCCGCUCAGACACUCGUGCAGUUGCAUUUCUGUCUAUUGCGCAUUAUCCAACUUAAGACCCUCGAAGAACUGCAACAGCGUCGUGUGGAGGCUAACACCUGCAGAGAGGUUUAUUUACCCUCAAUCGGCUACUGCAACAGCUGGGAUUUAACAUCCUCCUGCAGGGAUUUCUACCAUGUCAGGUGUACGGGAUUUCAGAUGGACUCUCUUCAUCUGUGUGGCGGCGCUUUCAUGUGCUCUUGCAGGUAAAAUCUCUCCAACCAGCUCUGAUGCCCUGAGUUCGUCAGCAAUGACAGCCAGUCCUUCACCACCCAGUGUGUACCUUCCUGCCAACUUCAAAAUGUCCAAUGCACAACUGGCCUUCUUUUUGAGGGAGGCUCAGAUCACAGGACAAACAUUUGGCGGCAGCACGAAGAGCGGCAGUAGUCCCAGCAGUGGAAACCCAUUGCAGCGCUCUGAGAGUUUUGUGGUUUUCCAGACAAAAGACCUCCCCGCCAUCAACAUAAGCUUCGGGCCUUUUGCCCAGGACCAGGCCCUGUCCAAGGAGUUGCUUCAGCCAGCUAGUCCUCUGGAUAUUCCCGGCCAACUGACAGUCAACUGGAAGGUUCGGGCCUUCAUUGUCCAACCGCGGGUCUUCUCCAACAACCCCACAGUCCAGGUGUUUUUCUAUAUCGCCGGUCGUGACUGGGAUGACUUCAAGGCUCAGGACAAGCUACCCUGCGUCCGUUUGCAUGCCUUCCGGGAUGUCCGUGAAAUUAAAACCUCCUGCCGCAUGAAAGGUAACCUGGCGCAGUGCUUGGCCCAACUGGAGCUUCCUCCGUCGUGGUUUAACACCAAUGUGGCCCCUCUGGGCCGAAGGAAAGGCUCGAGCGACGGGCUCUUGGAUGGGUUAAGUGAGACCCUCCAGGCUGAGCUAUACUACACGCUACACGAGCCUAACCUGGAAGGGGAGUGCAGUAAGGGUUCAGGUCACGGUGGCGGUGCUUCCAGGGGAGAACCUCUGUCACAGCACCCCCUGCUGCGCAUCGGAAGCAUCAGCCUGUACCAGGCCAGUGAAGAGCAGCUGCUGGUGGACAAGCAGCUAGACAAGAACAUGUUCCUCAGGCUGCCGGAGAAGCCCCUGAAGCCUGGAGAGAUUCUCAAAAUCUUCCUGUACCUGAUGCCCAACUCUACUAUUGAGCAGUUCACCCUCAAGUAA